UAAAGAAGAAAAAUUAAGCUUUGGAAUCAAAACAGAGAAGCAGAAGAAGAAGAAUGGCAAGGUAUGACAGAGCAAUCACUGUAUUCUCACCCGAUGGCCAUCUCUUCCAAGUCGAGUAUGCUCUCGAAGCCGUUCGCAAAGGCAACGCCGCCGUCGGCGUCCGCGGCACCGAUAACGUCGUCCUCGGCGUCGAGAAGAAAUCCACCGCCAAGCUCCAAGACUCCAGAACGGUGAGAAAGAUUGUGAAUCUGGACAAUCACAUUGCACUUGCAUGUGCAGGACUAAAAGCCGAUGCACGUGUGCUUAUAAACAGGGCACGUGUUGAAUGCCAAAGUCACAGACUCACUGUUGAGGAUCCCGUCACUGUUGAGUACAUAACUCGUUACAUUGCUGGUCUUCAGCAGAAGUACACACAAAGUGGUGGUGUGAGACCCUUUGGUCUUUCCACCUUGAUUGUUGGCUUUGAUCCUUAUAGUGGUUCACCUUCCCUUUACCAAACGGAUCCUUCUGGAACGUUUUCAGCUUGGAAAGCUAAUGCAACUGGAAGAAACUCCAAUUCUAUUAGGGAGUUUUUAGAGAAGAAUUUUAAAGAAACUUCUGGCCAAGAAACUGUCAAAUUGGCUAUCCGAGCAUUGCUUGAAGUUGUUGAGAGUGGAGGCAAGAACAUAGAAGUUGCUGUGAUGACUAAGGAGCAUGGUCUGCGUCAACUGGAGGAAGCUGAAAUUGAUGCCAUUGUUGCUGAGAUUGAAGCAGAGAAAGCAGCUGCUGAGGCUGCAAAGAAAGCCCCACCUAAGGAAACUUGAUUUUAUGUAUCUUUAGUUCUGUAUUAUGCGAGCAUUGUUCUUGCAAGGUGUUGGCUGUACUUACCAAAGUUAAAAUUGAUGUCAUUUAAAAUUGGAACAGAGAAAACAGCUGCCGAGGCUGCAAAAAACAAUCCCUUCUAACGAGACAUGAUUUUAUGUUAACUUUUGUUUAGCUCGUGAAUUGUUCUUGCUAGGUGUUGGCCGAAAUUAAAAUGACUGAUUUGUCUGCUUUAUUAUUUUUGAGUCGCA